ACUGUUUUGGAAACAGAUGUCACAGAUGCUUUACCCUGAGCUCUAGAGGAAAUCUUUUAUUUACCUACUCUUUACCGAUGUAUUGUUGGAAGAAUGACGUCAGAUUUAACGUUAAACUUCGAAGAUCACCUAGAUCAUCCCACAAUAAUGAACGACGUUGCUGAUACGGGGAAUAUUUGCAUUGACCAGGAUGGUGAAUGGGACAUCAGCCUGUUUGAUGAGCUCGAGGACCUUGGGGAUGCAGAUGCCCUUCUUCAGGCUCUCGAGGGGGUUGACUGCGGCGGUGAGGUGGCCGAUCUGGACUUCGACAUGGAUCUGUCCCCCUGGAGCCCCGACACCAGCGGAGACGGCAGCAGCACCUGCACAGAUGGUGACAUGACUGGCGUGGCUCUCUCUCCAGCACACACCCUCAGCUCUGCGCACUCCCCCUCCUCUGUCGAGGCCCACUCCCCUUACUCCCUACCGGAUGAGGCGUUCUCUCCUCAGGCUCAGGCCUCUCCACUCUCCGUCUGCUCAGACUCCAGCGGCUUCUCCGAGCUGCCGCCGGAAAGACCACCACCCAAGAGGACCAAUCAGACGCCACGAGCCAAGCCAGUGAAGAGGCCCAUCCAGGUGAGCCCCAGGGUGUCCAUCCAGCCCAGGCCCACGCCAGUGCUCACGGCACUGCCCCUGCCCACUGCGGGCACCCCUCUGCAACCUAAGACCACCAUCAUCCUGCAGUCCCUCGCACCCAUGCAGCCCCUGGCACCUCUGCAGCCUGUCCUGCCCACUGUGGUCAAGCCCACCAGAGUGGCCAUCCAACCAGCGCCACCAGCAGGUCGUCCCGUGAUAUUGCCCCAGCCCGCUCAGGUGCUGCAGAUCCAUACAGCGCCGUCCAUCCAGACCAGAGUGGUUACCAUGCCAACGCUAGCUCCGGAGCCACGCUUACCUGCCGCCGUAGCCCCGCCUCUGGUCUCCAUGACGAUGCCGAGCCCCUCCCCUGCCCCCAGCUCCAACCAGGGCUCAGACGAUGACUCCAAUGCGUCGCGGCGUCAGCAGCGCAUGAUAAAGAACCGCGAGUCGGCGUGUCUGUCGCGUAAGAAGAAGAAGGAGUACCUGCUGACGCUGGAGGCCCGCCUCAAGGUGGCGCUGUCGGAAAACGCCCAUCUGAAGAACGAGAACGGGACGCUCAAGCAGCAGCUACAGGGCCUUGUCUCAGAGAACACAGUACUCAAAGCCACUGCUCCCAAGAGGCGGGCCGUGUGUCUCAUGGUGUUGGUCGUCUUCCUCGUUUUCAACAUUGGACCAAUGAGUUUGACUGACUCUGAUGGCUCCAAGAUUCUGCGAAGUGCUGCCGCUGGAAGACAUCUUCUGGAGUUUGAUCCAGACACACAAGCACCUGAAGAGGCAACGCUGACCAGCAGCUUGGAGGACUCCAUUUCUGAGGAGAAGGGUCUGAUGGUGGUGAAGAAGGCUCCCCUCAUCAUCCCCGGUCCAGCCGCCUGCCAGCCGCCCGUCAACAGGACCAAGUGCAUCAAGCUGGCCCAUGAGUUGAGAGGAUGGGUCCACAGGCACGAGGUGCAGCGCACCAAGAGCAGACGCCAGAUCAACACAGACACCAAGAGCAGGACCAUACUGGAGAAGGAGAAUGGCAGUAAGGAUGAAGUGACCCAGAUUCUGCCGGUCCAGUACACAGACUCAGCAGAGCAGACGUCUGGCAAUGAGUUGCAGGUGUACUACGCGCCUCACCGCACCUACAACGAGUUCUUCGACGAGAUCAACCGAAGAGGAGACACCUUCUAUGUGGUGUCCUUCCGCAGGGAUCAUCUGCUUCUUCCCGCCACCAACCACCAUAAGGGGAGGAGGCCCAAGAUGUCUGUGGUGCUGCCAGCUAUGAACAUCAAUGACAGCGUCAUAAAGGACCAGGACUACGAGGUGAUGAUGCAGAUCGACUGUGAGGUGAUGGACACGCGCAUCCUGCACGUCAAGAGCUCAAGCAUCCCGCCCUUCCUCAGAGCCAAUCAGACGACUGGAGACACUGUCUACCACGCCAAUCCGGCCAAUGGCACACCCACACCCACCACCAUGGGAGUUCUGGUUGGCGCAGCGUAGCAGUCCAUCACGCCCAACUACCAAUCCACUACUACUGCAAUCCACUAGACUACACACAAAUUUAUAUCCAUGAAGAAUAUGUAAUAUAAAUCAUAUAUACAUGUAUGAUAUGGAUAUUAUUUUGCCCUCCCACAUAAAGCAAACGUGCACUAUACUAUAGUGCAAUCCACUUUCUGAUGCAACUUUUAAACAUUGUCUUUUUAACAAAACUUUAUUUUGUGAAUGGGGUAUGUAUUUGUGUCUUGCUUUCUUUCUACACUUUUUGUUUUGGGGUCAAAUUUCUUUGUUUUCCCUGAAUACCUACGUUGUGGGUCGCAGCUGAAGGAUGUCGGUCUGUUGAUAACAUGGAGUGACUUUGAGAGGUGAGGAUGGUGUGGGUGAUUACUUUACAUGGCGGCCCCUAGUGUGUGUUUAAGCAGUGGGUGUUCCACAUUUUCUUGGUGGGGGGGGGGACCCCUAAUGCACACUCCAUCAUCAUUCCUCUGCAUUCCAAUUGCUCAACCUGCAUUUUUGUCUGCCUCUGAAUGGAUGGAUGGUGAUGGUGAUGGUGAUGGAGGCGAGCAAGCACGAUAGGAUGCUGGAGGGUUGAUGGGCAGGGCUGGACUGGGCUGGACUGGUCAUCUGGCAUAGCGGGCAUUUCCCGAUGGGCCCCACACCCCUGUGGGCCCCUAUUUUCAGAAAUGUUUUUUAAAAGAAAAUAAAAAUAGUAGCCCACGAGGAUGCAGGGCCCACCGGUGAGUCAGUUCUGGGCCGCUAAUUAUGGGGGGCCCCUUUAAGUGCCCGGGCCCUAUCUCCCCCCCUGUCCAGCGCUGGGGAUGGGGAGAUGCAGGGUGGGUGUGGGAUGUUUUCCAUCCUAGACUGUAGAUACCAGGCCCCACCAGACCAGAGAAGCUGUCCAACCUCCACCAUCAGGGUAGUUGGUGAGUGAUGGGAGGGAGGAAGUGUGGAGUGAACUGUGACACAUGUUCACCACCACCCCAGUCUCUCCCCACCCCAGAUUCCCCAUCCCCCCGUCAUAUCUCUACAUACUUCCAAUUCCAUUACCAGCUGCCAUUUUGAAUUCUUUAAAGCCAGAGUAUGUAAUAUUAGCCGUUCAUUUUCCAAAUGUAUGCUGCCCAUUUGAUCUUUUCGUGAAUAUUUACUAAUAUUUACGUGUUUUGCAGCGAAAUAUAUCUAUUACUGGAAAUUCGAUAUGGCCGACAUGAAGAAGAUCCACCUUUUCAUAAAAACAUGUAAUUUUUGUAGUCAUAAUGAAUACUUACAAAAUGUAGGUGGUGGAGAAUAUCCAUGAAAAAUACACUGUUAUAUCAUUUGUGAAUGGGCAGCGUAAAUUACAUUUCUACCUUUAAGGAGGGCAGUUUGCAGACCUGCAGAGUGAAAGUUUAAGGCCAGUGGGGCAUCGUUUUCUGUAAUUUGUGGAUUUCCUCUAUUCUGCUUUCAGUCUCAGGUGAACUAAGGAUGUUACUUUGUCCCGGAUAGUCUAAGCCACUUUUGCUGUUAUUUGCUAUUAUUUGUUCUUAUGUUGUUUGUGCCGGUUGUACUUGAUUAACUUGUGACAUUUUUUUAAAAUACAAAUGUUUUUGUUUGUAUUGCUGUUGGUUUUUGUUUGUUUGCACUGGGUUUGCUUUGCUUGGACAAGAAAAUCCUUCAAAGAAGAAAUGUAAUUUAUGAAGUUUUAUUAGUGUCUUUGAAGUAGAGGAAGCAUAUAUAUACGGUAUAUAUAUAUACGUAAAAAUAACGCUUCUACAAUGCCAGUUCAGAACCUCCCAAUCAGCCUUUGCCUUACUCCCAUGGGCUUGUUAGACUAAUUUGAACUUUUGCACCACUGGAAUUUUUAUUUGAUAUCUCUGUUGUGAAGUUUUUCCCUUGGACAAAUUGCCCCCCUUGUGCGAGAGGAAGAGCAAGUGCUUGAGGGCAUUUGGCCAGGCACCACUUAACACACACACACACACACACACACACACACACACACACACACACACACACACACACACGUGGGUUAUGGCCUGGCAUGAAUCAGUGGGGAUUGGGGAGCCCCAGCUGGAGCAGGUGAACAGGGUUGAUGAGAGUCCAGCACUCUCACCUCACCGCCUCAGUUCACCCUCCAGCUCCAUUCAAAUAAAUACAUGAAAAAUAGAGAAAUAGAAUGGCUUGUCUUGAUGUAACAAAAGUGGAAUUUGGCAUCGGUGCACUUUCAGCUGAAGUGCACUUAAAAUGAUUUAUUGGAAAUGGGAGUACAAUUUUUUUCCCUGUGUUAACAGGUGGUGUACUAGUAAGGUUUUAAAGCAUUUUUUAUACAUUCUUUGGUUUAUUUGGGUGUUGACAUAUCCUCCAUUUUGUAGAAGUGGGUUUUGCCUAGGCUCUAGGGGGUUCACCUAUCCUAUGUGAAGUUGUUUUUUGUUUGUGCCUUUGCCUUUUGUCUCCUCCUCUGCCUCCAUUUUCGGUAGAAGAUUGUGCUCCUUGUGUUAUGAGACAAAUGUACUUUUAGUUUUGAGAUGUUAUUUGGCAUAUACAUUUUUUGGUAACACUUUACUUGACGCUGGCGUCAUACGUAUGACAUAACGGUGUCAUAACAUUGUCAUAAUGCAGUCAUGAAUGUGUCAUAAACAUUAUGUCAAUGUCAUAAACAUUGUAUGACUGUCUUUAAGUGAAAUUCGGUUCUGACAAAGACAGGCUGAACUAUGUCAACUUUUCAUGGUCAUAAAACGUUUGUUUCAUUAUUAUCGUUUAUGACUCAUUCAUGACACCAUUAUGACACUGUUAUGACACUGUUGUGUCAUACGUAUGACGCCGGCGUCAAAUAAAGUGUUACCCAUUUGUUGUGUGUAGCAAGCCUUAUUUUAUUGUGAAUGUUUCUUUGGUGGUGUUUGAUCCUCUGUCAGGGUUCCCAAAGAUGUCCCUCCCCGAAGUAAGAUAGGCAGGUCCUCAUGAACAAUACCCACAGGCUGUGUGGAUGCAUCAGAGUUACUGGCGGAAAUCAUUCUUGUGACAAGUUCAGUAGUGGUUUGUUGGCAGCAUUGUAUUGCAAUUUAACCAUUAUUGAACAUUACUUAAUAUAUUCAAGCAGGUCAUUGCUCGUCAGUGUAAGCACCAUGCUUAUUUCAAUAUGAAGUGUUUUGCUUUGGAUCACUGCAAUAAAUACAUGUACCGUACAGCACAGUGCAUAAAUUGACUGCUACUUUUCUAUGUCCAUAAAAUUGAAUUAAUAAAAAACACUGGAACUUCUCA